AUGAUUGCAGUUGGCGCGGUUGUUAUCACGACGUCACUUCAAGAGCGAGAGGGAGAAUUCGAAAAGAAAAUGAGAAUUAGUUUUAUGAAGUCCACCGCUAUGGCCCCGGAAGCAAAUGCUGUUCAUGGCGUAUCUUUCAAGAAGAGAGCUCCACGAGCUGUCAAGGAGAUCCGUGCUUUCGCCGAACAGGCUAUGGGCACCAAGGACGUCCGCCUCGACCCCCAAUUGAACAAGAAGGUCUGGGAAUCUGGUAUCAAGGGUGUUCCAUUCAGACUCCGUGUCCGCAUUAGCCGUAAGCGUAAUGACGAGGAGGGUGCCAAGGAGAAGCUCUACUCUUACGUCCAGGCUGUCAACGUCAAGGACCCCAAGGGUCUCCAGACCACUGUCAUUGAGGAUGCUUAA